GAUGUGUUGUUCUGAUUCUGAAAUGCUACCAGAUGUAAUGGCACACAGCAGCUACAGUAUGUUCAACAUUCACACUUUGAGGAAAUGAUUGGCUAGGAAGUCAGGAAAAGACAGGCUAGGAAUAUUUUUUAAGGCUUUUUUUUUACUACUUAAUGCAUAAUACUAAUAUUUUGGUGAAUGUCGUGUCCAAAAAAUUAAGUCCCUUCUCAGGAUAUAAAACAAAUAAGAUAGAAACAAAAUCAAGAGUACCGACUAAUUACUGUCUUUCAGAGAACAUCUUAGUUUUUCCCUCCAUUUUUUUUCAUUUUUUCUUCCUUCCUCCCUCCUUCCAGGCUUUUUUCCUGUGGGUAUGAUGGGAGAUGCAGCUGGAUAUUACGCCCCCCUCUACGCUCACAUUCAGAUACAGAAACGCGGUCUUCCUCUCCUCUCUCUGUCUCUUUCUCUCCCCCCCUUCAUGUCUGUCUAACUCUGCGGAGAGGUAAACAGAAGGGGAGAUCUCAUUUAGUUCCUGAACUGUUGCAGCGCUCCGUGCUGCUGCUCACUCUCUUGAAUCUUGGUCAUUCAGAGGCACCAAAGAGACAAAAAAAAAAAAAAAAUCUUGGACUGGACUCGCAACUCGGAAGCAUUUACAGAAGGAGAGAAGGCAAGAAUUAAAAAGAGCGACAGAGAUCAGAGGAGUGCAACGUUUUGCACACAAUGAGCGUCCAGCUGCCAUGGAGAAAACAUGAGCAACUGCAGGAAUAUGAGGAGUAAUGCUGCUGAGUGAACUUUUGUGGAUAUCACUGAAUUCAUUCCCUUAAACUUUGGGAGGGAGUUUACUGUAAAGACAGAGAAGGUGGGACACUGGAGACAGAAACUCUCUGAGAAGCAUGGCGGCCACCAGCCCUUCCUCCUGCCACCCUUUUCUCUUCUUCUUCCUUUCCUUCCUGGUCAGCCGGCCAGCGCUCACCCAGGACACUUCCUUCUCCACGGCGACAGUAACCGAGGGGGACCCUGCUUUGACCCCCACCAAACUGUCUAACCAGACAGCGCCCAGCUUGGAGGACGUAACCCAGGGCACUCUUCCGGAAACGGGGCUCUCCACCCCCACCAGCGGUGGCGACGCCGACGACGAGGACGUCCCGCCGGUUGGAGGGACCCGUUGCCAGGGUUACUACGACGUAAUGGGCCAGUGGGACCCACCGUUUAACUGCAACGCUGGGGUCUUCCUGUACUGCUGCGGCACCUGCUUUUACCGCUUCUGCUGCCAGUUCCGUCAGCAGAGGCUGGACCAGACCAUCUGCUCCAACUACGACACGCCCAUCUGGGCCAACACCGGGAAGCCUGUGGCCACCAUCACUGAAGGCCAGGGGGAUUCAGACCAUGACCGGACGCACCUCAUCGUUUAUAUCAUUUGCGGCGUUGUUGCUGUCAUGGUGUUGGUGGGCAUCUUCACCAAACUGGCUCUGGAGAAGACCCGAGGAGGACGUGGAGGAGGGGCGGGGAUACCUCAGACUGACCUCAACUCCAGGACGCUGACGGACCUGCUGAAGCAGCAGGGCAGCGAGGCGAGCUCGAUGGAGAACGCCGCGGCUGGAUCGCCCAGCGGAGGGAGAGCCAACGGCGUCUCAGCCAGGAUGCCACGCAGCAGGAGUGAACAGUACCAGCUGAAUAACGCAGCCUAUGGCGCAUUUGGACAGGGCCUUCCGCAGCCGCAUAAUAACCACAGCACACUGGGACUCAACAAGUACGCCUCCCUCAAAGCUGUGGCAGAAACCGCUUCCCGUAGCUACUAUAAGAGCUUUCCUGUCAUGGACUUCUCCAGUUACCAACCCAUAGCUCCUCCUGCCUUCCAGCCCUCGCAGCCUAAGGAGAAGUCCUACAUCCACCAGCCUCUGCCUGGGCACCGCGACCUCCACACCCCUCUGUCCAUCUCCAUCCCGUCCAACCACCUGGAGCACUCUCGCCUCCCCAAGACCACCACGCACCCGUUCAUCUCCAACUCGGCCUUCAAAGCCUGGGAACCGGCCGGCCGCCACGUCCAUAGGAAGACCUCCGCUCCGGCGCACACCUCCUCCUCUCUGCAUGGCUCCACCCGAAGACACGGCUACUCAACGCGGCGGCAGCAGAGCAUAGAGAACCUGCAAGAAGUGGCUAACCUGUCCUACGGAGGUAUGUACGGAGGGGGAGGAGGAAGCGGAGGAGGAGGCGGAGGGCAGGGUCGCCACGGCCAAUGCCAGCACACUUCUCAACCCUCAUACUACAACCACACCAGGCCGAAGAGCUACUCCACCCACAGCGCCACCGAGGUGACUGUCUGAGUGUUUCAGUGAGAGUGACCUACCGCAAUGCUAAACUCAAGAAAAACUUUGGAGCGAGCCAGGUACUGCACUUCCUCACAGUCCAACAUGACCGGGGGUUAAGCAAGGACACGCCUUCCAAUGUACACGAUAAAAGCAAGAGCUCAGAUUUUCAAUGUGUGGAAAAAAAACCAGGAGACGGACUCAUUGCUACUCAUGAAGGUCUCACUCUAGAAGAUGGGUUAAAAACACGCUUAGGCUCCUCUCUGCUCCAUGGGGCUUGUAGAUGUUUAACCGCUGCAGUUUUACUGUGUCACAGGAUUACGGUUGAUCAAGCCCUGUAGAGAUCCGGUCUGGAGGAAACUAAUGUUUCUCUGUUUAUAUUUUAGAACUCUGAGCUUGGUUUUGUCCACAAACAUGGUUUUAUUUUUAAUGCUUUGGUUUUAAUAUGGAUGUCGGAGGAGCAAAUUCCAAACUUCUGUUAGCCUAGUAAAGGUUCUGGUAACUAGCCCGGAUAUUAGACCAAAAACCAACUAGUCACACUGUAAUUAGUUCCUUUAAUCAAAAAAAAAAGAAGAGCCACAUUUUAGGGAACUUAUAUCAUGGUUUCUUGCCUGGAGUAAACAUAGUGAAUCAGUAACACUGCUAUGCUACAUGGCAGAGUUGGGAGUAGACGGAGUUAGCUAACUCCAGCGGCGUUAGCUGCCUGGCUAACCAGCUGAUCAUAUUAAGUCCGGGGUUAAACAAUGAGUGCUCAUUUUACCAGAGUCUGGUACGGCCCAGAACUUUGACACAAAAAACACAGAAACACUCAGUAUAUUUUCAUAACAGAAGAGGAAAAGGCUUAUUUUAGCAUUUGUCAUUGUUUUUUAAUCAAAUGUGCUAAUUACAUCAACAUAAACCAUGAUACAGAAAUAUGUAUCUCAUCCAAUGGGAGAAGCAUAUAAAAUAAAACAUUGGCUUACUAUAACUGCUUUUUGUUCCUGUAUUUAUAAUAAUGCAAUCAGGUUUGUCAAGCAAAUUAUUUGAAAAGCUAGCAUACAAGCUAAUAUUACCACUAGUCUUUUUGCUAACUUGUUUGUCCAAAGAAAUUCUAACUAUCUGAGAAACUGGACAGCUUUGUCAUUAAUAGUAGUUCUUAAAGACAAAUUUCAUUCUUAAAAUAAAAGUAGUCUCAAGGUAGUUGAAGUAAAAAAACGUUUAUUUCAUAAAUAGUUACAUAGUAAAUUAUAGUUAGCCUCUGUACAAACUGGUCUAUGUUUUGGGAUUAUGUAUAUAAAACUGCUCCUUUGAGUUUUAUAAUUCAAACAUGUUUAUUUUAGGCAUUUUCAAUAAAUAUAGGGAGCAAUAGAAUAAAGAAUCAUGCAGCGCCUUGCAAAAGUAUUUAUUCCACCUGAAUUAUGUCAUAUUUAGUCACAUAAUCACAGCCUUCAAUGUCAUUUACGUGGUUUUAUGUAAUAGAACAACAUAAAGGGUACAGUUGGAAGGAAAUAUUACAUGUCUUUUUUAAAUGUAUAUAUAUAUAUUUGUUUUUUUUUUUACAAAUAAGAAUAUAAAAAGUGAGUUUUUGGCCACUUUACACAGACACCCCAAAAUAAAAUCCUGCAGUCAACUCCCCUGAGAGGUCCUCUUUAGUUUCCAAUUUCAGAAUAAAUCCCAAAAAAAAAAAAAAAGUUUUCUGUUUCCAGAUGAACAAAGCUGGUAGAAACGGCCCAGAAGACCUGCAGAUUCAAAACUUCAGAGUGUGAAUACUUCUGCAAGGCAUUGAAGUGACGACUCCCUUUAACCAUUUUUUCUUUUUUUUUCUUUCAUAUAUCUUUUGUUGCACUGUUAAAAAAACACAAAAAUAGUAAUAAAACGGUCAAAUAUACAUUGAUUCUUUAACUUAAUAAAUGCAAACAACUAUUUUUUUUUGUUCAAAUAGUGCAGAGGUUUAUGCAGCAAAGAAGUUAGCCCCAUCUUUGCUUUAUGGGGCUGACUUCCGUCAAAUUUUCACUUCAUUCAUGACCUUGAGUUAAAAAAAGUAAAAGAAAUCAGUGUGAAAGAUAACGUUUCAGUCAGUAAAAAGAGCAUUUUCCAAAAUGUCCGACUUGUCUAGUAAAUAAAAAGAGCGUCCUGGAGUGAUUGGAAGAAGUUUAGAUUCUUUAGUGACGAUUAAGAAGUUUGAAAAUCUGUUCGUUCAAUGAGGACAGUUUGUUUGAAACUGUGUUGCUUAUGGUUUAGGGAGAAUAAAAAAUACGUCUCGGUUUAUUGUACAGCUAAAGAGUUUCGUUCACUUUUCUCUCGGUCUACCUCCAUCCGUUGCCCUUUUCCUGGAUUUUCCACGAUGAAACACACUUUCCUUUCUCUGCCAUCAGGCCAAGCGAACAUGGACAGCUUCCCCUGGGUCACAUUAACUCGAUGGUGAGGACAAUUCCACCGUCAUGUCAGCUUCUAUCAGCCUCCAUCCCAACAGGAGAGGGGCUGGGGAAACAGCGAAGGAGCCAGAGGCUAAGACUCUUUAGAAAAAUGAGAUAAAGGAGGUAGAGAGUAGAGGAAAAUAGAAAAACAAAACGUACAUUGCUACAUGUUUUCCUUCCUCGGAGAGGGAAAGGAAAGGAAGUCAGUGCAGAUCUGGGUCUUUCACUCCUGAACUGUCUGAGUCAUAACUCCGAGUGUGUAGAUGCCUGUGUGUGAUUUCUGACCCGCGGGUUAUUAUGGCAGGGGAAUUUAUUGAGGCACUUCCAGGCCUGGAGGAUUUGACAUCUUUUAUUUGAUGUGGCCUGGAUUUCAAAGGACGUUGUACACAGCUGCAGCUGUUGCUAGGUUCACACAGCAGCUAAUGGAAUCCCUCGACUGGACUUCACGGCGGACGAAACCCGCAGGAACCGUUGCGGUGUUCGGCGCAUCCAUCCAGGAAUGCUUCCCAUUAGAUUCGGUAGCGAGAUUUCUGUUGUUUUUCUGGCAGAUUUUCAUUUUGUUUUUUUGUUUCAUUUUGUAACACGGUGAAGCUUUGGCGUGGGUUCUGAGUUUUUGGAAUUAGGUAAAAACAAUUCAGGUGAGACGCGACAUGACAAAAGAGUCUGAAUUGUUAAUUAUCAACUCCUGGUUAAGACGUUGAAAGAGGAUUAGAACGAAUUGUUCUGCUAUUGCAGCAGCAUAAUCUCACUGAAAUAUUUAGAAAAAAUCCAACCGUUGAUGUAAAUUCAUUAAUUUAUUUCCAUAAAUGAUCAUUUUUAGAAAUAUCACUUGGGGUCACUAAGUCUUCACGACAGCCAUACAAUGCCAACCAACCUACCAUCACAAACAUAAACACAGAGUUUACUGAAAAAGUGAACUGGGACUGGGUGCCAGCAUGGACACUGUUUUGUUCUAAGCUGAGCCAACCGGAUUUACAAGUACUUUAUAACUAUAGCGUAGCUGGUAAUUGAAGAUGUUAGCAAAAUCUAACUCGGUAAAGAUGUUCCCAGGGGCUUGCUUUUUAAUAAACAAAAACAGAAAAACUGUUAGCAACUGAACCAAAUAAACAAGGCAGCCAUUUUUCAAGAUGAAAAACUGCUAAACACAUAAAAAUAUUAGCAGAAGCUAACCCUAAACUACUAAACACAGAAAUACUAGCAGAAGCUAACCCUAAACUACUAAACACAGAAAUACUAGCAGAAGCUAACCCUAAACUACUAAACACAGAAAUACUAGCAGAAGCUAACCCUAAACUACUAAACACAGAAAUACUAGCAGAAGCUAACCCUAAACUACUAAACACAGAAAUACUAGCAGAAGCUAACCCUAAACUACUAAACACAGAAAUACUAGCGGAAGCUAACGCUAAACUGCCAAACCCUCAAAAAUAUUAGUAGUAGAUGAAGUUGAUCUCUUAAAUACAUUAAAAAAUGAUCGAUAGCUAACGCUAACCAUUAAGACGACUGUCAUUCUGUCUGUCGCACGUCUUCAUCUCCUUGCAGUUGACGACUGGAGUCACAUGUGGUAUGUGAGAAAUAUUAAAGGACAUAAUCUGACUUUAAAAACAGUAAUAACAUGUAUCCAAAAGAUGUCUCAACAUUCUGAGGAUUAAAAAAGGGAAAUAUCUUUAGUAAUCCUUAUUGGCCUAAACCCAGAAACGAUUCGCCUGAUUUAUUGGCUAAGACCCAGUGCAUGUUUCAACGUGGAUCUAUUCUUGUCCAAACUGAAAUCCAGAUCCUGUUUCAUUCCACACAUCGUCCAAUCAGAAACUCACCUUUAUCUUCAUGGUUCAAAACAGCUUACUGCAGGUUUGAAGUAUUUUCAAAAACUCCUAUAUUCCAGUAUUUGUUUGUUUGUUUAUUUGGUUGCUUUUUACCACUAGAUGUAAUCACUGGAGUAUUAAUAAGUGCUGUGACAGAAAAUAAAUCAAACUCUUGUUUAUCUCUCUCUGCACCCCAUUUUUCUGAGCAUCGAUGCAGGAGUUCUCACUGUCUGUGUUUGCUGGUCGUUAUUAACGCUCUAAAAAUGGUCCCUGGUCUUAGCAUCCUUCCCAGUUUCAGGGAGAAAAUGUUUUCUAUCACUGUAAAAAAAAUAAAUAAAUAAAAAACAUUUUUGUAUCUGCUUUGGUAAACUAAUUAACCUGUUGUGUGUUUAUAAAAAAUAUCUUUACCAUGUGUGUAGACGAUCUCUUUUAUGCACACUGUUCUUUGUUGUUUGAGGAAGUGCAUCAAAUUAGAACAAUCCUGCUGUCUAUUUAUAAUCACUGUUUAUGUAAAGGUUUUCCUUUCUUUUAUAAGGGCUGUAAACAUGUAGCUGUAACUGCAGUAACAUUAUUCCAUGUCAGGCUCAGAAUGACUGUUCAUUGAUGAGUGGUGCAGCUUUCAUUAUGUGCAAUUUUGUGAAAGAUAAAAAUAUUUAUAGGACAGAGGAAAACGGGACAAAUGUAAACGGGAUCCUUAAAGUUCCUGUUCAAAAUGACAGACAGAGCUGCAGAAGAUCCAUAUUUGCAUCCGUUUUUGUGAACUUGCAGGCUUUUACCAUGUGAAAGCUUCCUUCCAAGACUUUGAAACUAAUCUACAGUAGCAUAAUUAAAAGAAAUACAUGACAGAUAAAUGUUAUUUAUACUUAUAUAAAUGCAAAACAUCAAUACAGCACAUUGGUGUGACAAUAUGCAGAAAAGGGUGCAUAUAUGUUGUAUUCAUCUGUACUUCUUACAACCAAUUUAUACCCAAAAUGUUCUUUAUAAGACUUUGUUUAGAAAUGGAUGCCACUUUUAAAGAUGAAAUAGUAAAGACUGUAUAACAUGUGUGAGGCUUUGUCUACUUUAUUUUUAUGUUAAAUGUUUUAAAAAGGUUUUGGUGAGAGGUUAUAACUCGUUAAUAUCGUGCUUUCUAUUGUAUUAGGUACCAUGAUGCACUGAAAUACGCAUUUACAAUAUAAUCCCUGAUGCAAGUCAACGCGUUCCUACAUUUUAAAUUUGACUAUGUGGAGCCAUCUUGUGGUUGUUCUUCGUACUACAUGGACACAAAAUUCACGUAAUGCAGUGAAACUGAAUGUUUUUCUCAACAACAUAAAAGGAAGACAGAGAGCUUUUAGCAGAGACUUUAAUAGUUCAGAAUCAGAGCUUCAUUUUCAAACAUUUAACAAAACCCGUAUUGUGAAAGAGGAACUUAGGAUCAUUUUAGACUAAUAUGUUUCACUUACACAACUUCACACUUAAAAUUGGGAUUAAUAACGACAUUUAAAUAAGGUAAAACAUGUAAAUUAAAGCCAGUUUUUUUUUUCUUUGCCCUUACAUCCUUCUGUAGGUAUUGUUUACUUAAUCUUUAAUCUUUUUUUUUUUUCAUUUACAGUGACCUGCACACAAUUUAUAGUCAUAAUCGAAGAUUUAAAUCUAUGAUUAGGAUCUAAA